AUGAAAAAAAUUGACUUGAUAGGUACAAGAAUACCGAACCUACGAGCUAUGAGAAGAGAAAAAGUUCCACUAUGGGUCGCUUUAAUUUUAAAAAAUCAAGAUAAAUGUAAUAUAGUACCUCCAAAAUGGUUAAAUGUGAUAUAUUUGAAAGAAAAAUAUGAAGAAGAAAUAAAGAAACCAACACAAUUUAGUGAUAUACCAUGGAACUGGUUAGAAAUGUCUAAAAUUUUAUUAAGCAAAGCCCCAGAUGAUUUGCAAGAUUCGAGUCACGAUAUACGAUCAAUAUUACAAGAUUUGAGAGAAGUAAGAUUAAUCAAAUCUAGAAAAGGUUUGAAAGAAUUAAAUGAAUCAAAUAUACAAUUGAGUGGUUUAUCUUUGAUGGAAAUUAAUGAGAUAAGACCAUUUGUAUUACCCGUGAUGAACAAACUAAGGCAACUACAUGAUACAGUCUUAAAACAUAAGGAAAGCGGUAAUAUAGAGGAAAAUUCCGAUGAUGAAGAUUAA